AUGGAUUCUACUGUGAAAGCAAUAAUAAACGCUACACCUCUUCCUUUAUCUAUAAUCAUUGUUGGAGUUGGAAAUGCUGAUUUCGCUAAUAUGAAUAUUCUUGAUGCAGAUGAUAACCCAUUAAAAGUAAUAGGAAGAGACAUAGUGCAAUUCGUUGCAAUGAGAGAUUUCCAAACUGAAACUGCACGAUACUAUUUACCAAAAGCUGUUUUAGAAGAGAUUCCCGAUCAAUUUAUUCAUUACAUGAAUGAAAAUAAUAUAAAACCAAGUCCUAAAAUUCAGAGGAAUGCAAAAGAAUUAUCUUAUAAUUCUAGAUUUGAUCGUGAAUAUUAUGAUGAAACACUUCCCGAAUAUUAUGCUUAA